AUUCUUUGAUCCUCCCCACUCAUGGUACCAGAGCUUUCGUUUAUUGGUUUCGUGGUUUCACACAGUUUAGCAAGAACCAUUUCACAGGAAGAUGUCGCACAGUAGUCAAAAGCACAGGAACUUCAUCGCGGAGCCGAUGAACGAGAAACCGGUGACUAAGCUGGCAGGCAUCGGCGAAGUCCUCGGCACAAGGCUGGAACAACAGGGAUUCGACAGAGCUUACGUCGUCCUGGGUCAGUUUCUCGUCCUCAGGAAAAACAGAGCGCUCUUUCAAGACUGGAUGAGGGACACCUGCCAGGCGAAUUCAACACAGUCCAAUGACUGCUACAACCGAUUGGUGUGAUGAGUUUUUGUAAAAUAUGUAAAAUUUAUUUUUAAUAAUUAAAUUUUAAUUUUUUAAC